AUGGGCGGCAAUGAUCAAUCGAGCCAGUCGCCAUUGGAGAAAUAUACGACGGACUUGACGCAGCUAGCCGCAGACGGCAAGCUAGACCCGGUCAUCGGACGUGAUGCCGAGGUACGCCGCACACUGCAAGUCCUCGCGCGGCGAACUAAGAGCAACCCUGUCCUACUCGGCCCUGCCGGCGUGGGAAAGACGGCAAUUAUGGAAGGUCUGGCGCAGCGUAUUGCCAACCGCGAAGUGCCGGAGAGCCUGCUGGACAAGAGCGUGAAGUCGCUGGACCUCGCUGGACUGCUGGCUGGCGCCGGAGUCAGGGGCAUGUUCGAAGAGCGCAUCAAGGCGCUGUUGCAAGAAAUCGAGAAACAGGAAGGAAAGAUCAUUCUAUUCAUUGACGAGAUUCAUAUGCUCUUUGGCCUCGGCAAAGCAGAAGGUGCCUUGGACGCUGCCAACAUGAUGAAGCCGCUCCUCGCACGCGGUGUUCUACGUCUAUGCGGGGCCACAACUUUCGAAGAGUACCGCAACACGAUCGAAAAAGAUGCAGCACUCGCCCGCCGGUUCCAGCCCGUCAUGGUCAAGGAACCCUCACUCUCUGCGACCAUUUCGAUCCUUCGUGGUCUUCGAGGCCGUUACGAAGCCUUCCAUGGCAUUGGAAUUUCCGACAGCGCAUUGGUCACCGCUGCUCAGUACGCUGAGCGCUACCUCUCGGAGCGGAAGAACCCUGAUGCAGCUAUCGAUCUGCUCGACGAAGCUGCGUCAGCGCUGAGGCUGCAGCAGGAGAGUAAACCAGAAGCGAUCGAGAGCCUCGAGCGCAACGUCAUUACGAUGCAGAUUGAACUCGAGAGCUUGCGCCACGAAACAGACAUCGCUUCCAAGUCGCGGCGCGAUACGCUCGAGAUCGAACUGCGAGACAAGAAGGAGGAAAUGGAGCGUUUGACAGCGGUUUGGAAUGAAGAGAAGCGGAAGUUGGAUGAUGUGCGGGACAUCAAGGAGAAGCUGGAGGACGCGCAAGUGGAAUUGGAACGUAUGACCCGCGAGGGAAAUCUGCAGCGCGUUGCAGAGCUGCAGUACGCUGUCAUUCCGGAGCUGAAGAAGCGCCUGCCACAGGAAGAUGAAGACGGCAGCAGCCAAGAAGGACAGCAAGGGCAGGACGACAAAGACCAAGGUUCUUUUUUACACGACCGUGUCACUUCGGAGGACAUUGCGGCCGUCGUCGCGCGCACUACGGGCAUCCCGGUUAGCAACCUCUUGCGCGGUGACCGCGAGCGACUGCUGCACAUUGAAGAUUCGCUGCGGCAGCGCAUCGUCGGGCAAGAUGAGGCGCUGACCACCAUGGCCGAAGCGAUCCGCCUGUCGCGCGCGGGCCUGCAGUCGCAGACAAAACCAUUGGCGUCAUUCCUCAUGCUCGGCCAGACGGGCACAGGCAAGACGGAGACUUGCAAGGCUGUCGCCGAUUUCCUGUUCGACAGCAAGGACGCGCUCAUUAUGCUGGACUGCUCGGAGCUCAGCGAGCAGCACAGCAUAUCGAAGCUUGUCGGAGCGCCGCCCGGAUACAUUGGCUAUGAUCAGGCCGGCGGCUUGACGGAGCGAGUGCGCCGCAAGCCGUACUCCAUCAUCUUGUUCGAUGAGAUUGAAAAGGCGGCGCGGAGCGUUCAGAUGGUCCUCUUGCAGAUUCUCGACGAGGGUAAGCUCACUGAUGCUCAAGGACGACAGGUAGACUUCCGCCAGACAAUCGUUGUCUGCACGUCCAACCUCGGUGCAGAGGUGCUUAGCGAAAGCGGGGCCACGACGCCCGACGGUAAGCUGACGUGCAGAGCAAAAGAAAGCGUCUCGAGCGCUGUGCAGCACGCGUUGCCGCCUGAGCUCUUGAACCGUUUCGACGAGAUCCUGCACUAUAAUCGUCUAUCGCGCGACUCGCUGCGCGGGAUCGUCGACAUUCGGCUAAAGGAGAUCCAGGCGCGCUUGACGGACCGACGCAUCGAGCUCGCCGUCGACGAUGGCGCCAAACAGUGGCUCGCAACGAACGGUUACAGCGACAUCUACGGCGCGCGCCCGCUCAAUCGGCUCAUACAGAAGGCGCUGCUGACACCGCUGGCAAAGGUGCUGAUUGAGGGCAGCGUCCGCGAUGGCGACACGGUCUUCAUGGGCCUCAAGAAGGACGCCAAGCCGGACGAGGAAGCAAUCGUCAUCAGCGGUAUCCGGCACGAGCAAACAACCGCGGCGGCGAACGCAGACACGACGUGUGCGUCGGCCGUUGCUGAAGACAUCGGGCCAGAUGUCAUCGAGGGCGAGAUCUUGCCACUCAGGAAGUGA